GCGGUUAUAACCUCGCGCUUGGAUGUCUGCUGCGCUCUUCAUCGUCCACCCUCCUCAUCCUCGCCGUCUCCGCCACCGUUCCGCCCUGAAACUGCAACAGGAGUCCGAGCGAGAGAAAUGACAGACCCGGCGAGCAGGGAGUCCUACCCAGUUCCGCACUUGACUAUAGUGGAUCCGUCUCAUGGCACGGUGCGGAACGGCCAGUGCGCCCCGGAUGGCUUCGGAAACAACCACCACAACCACAACAACCAGCAGCAGCAGCAACAGCAGCAGCAGCAGCAGCACGUCAAGAGCCCCACCCAGCAUGAGGUUCUCACCUCGGGCCAAGAGAUGAAAAUCACGGACGGUGUGGAGGGAGAAGGUCUCCUCGAGAGCAGCAUGCGUCUGAAGCCUCACGAGGCUCAGAACUAUAGGAAGAAGACACUGUGGGUCUCGUGGAUCUCCAUCGUGGUCACCCUCGUCCUGGCCGUGACUGCUUUCACGGUAUCGUUCAUGAGGCAAAGCGCAUCGGCCUUCGGAUUUGCCUUUGAUGCCACCUUGGACGUUCUCUCAUCAAUCAUUGUACUCUGGCGCUACAGCAAUGCGGCCGCUGUGCAUUCAGCACACCGAGAAUACAUAGCAUGUGUGGUCCUGGGAAUUGUGUUUCUGCUCUGCUCCCUGUGCAUUCUUGGAAAGGCAAUUCAUAAUCUGGUUACAAGGAUGCCCCCAGAAGUGGAUGACUUCCUCUUCAGCGUGUCCAUUGUGAGCGGAUUUGUUUGCACCGCGCUGGCCAUCGCCAAGUUCAUGCUGGGCAAAGUGCUCACAAGCCGCGCCCUCAUCACAGAUGGUUUUAACUCUCUGGUUGGUGGUAUCAUGGGAUUUACCAUUCUUAUCAGUGCCCAAGUGUUCAAGGACCACCCUGAUGUCUGGUUCUUGGAUGGCUUGAUUGGUGUUCUAAUUGGACUCAUCAUUUUGGCAUACGGGGUCAAGCUUUUAAUGGACAUGGUGCCGCGUGUGAGGCAAACACGAAACUAUGAACGAUUUGAGUAAGGUUCACAAACUGACUGUCCACCCCCCCUGCUGUCAACUCUCUCCUUAUGUGCUAAAAGUAGUGUUUGGAUAUUUGAAUUACGAGCGCUACGUACACCGUUUUCAUGACAAGCAAACCCUUAUAGACUGUAAAUGCUGCGUUCAUGCAUUCUCAUAUUUCCCUUCCCGUACAUCAGAGACACACACACACUUGUUAAGAUAACUUUUUUUAAAUUGCUAAGCCUACCCUUAUUUGACAAAAUGACGGAAACCGAAUAACUGUCAUCAAACCAUCAAAUCAAGAGGCAUACAUAAGAGGUUGAUAGAUGUGUUUUUGAUCCAUACAAAGCAGUUCAGACAAAGUGUAUCAACAGUGGUCUUUAAAUGUGAUGUUCCCAAAAAACAAACAACAACAACAACAACAAAAAACAAGUACACAUCCUAGUUGUGCAUUUUGGGUUUAUGUGGAUGUAUUUAUUUAAUUAAUUUAUUUAUUUAAUCAUUUGCCAUUUUCAAUCUGUUUACAAUGAAUGGCUCAAUGUAUUUUUCUCAACAAUAACACAAACACCCCUUUUAAUGGGGUCGAUGGAAAGUGUUUUAAAGAAGUGUAAUAAAACCAAAGUUUGUAAAAGGUUUUCAACUAUAUAGACAAAAGUAUCGAGGAAAAUAUACUUAUUAAAUAUUCGCUGAUCAAUCGGGAGUUGGGCUACAUCAACGGUAGCUGCAAAGUGUUGGGGUACUUGUGUCUAUAUAGCUAGUUCUAUAUAGCGUUCAUGCUGUUUUGUUUGUAACAUUCGCUCAGGUUUUAAUUUUUUUAUGUGAAGCCGCUGACCUCUGAAGUGUCCCCUUGUGCCAUCAUCUUGGCAUCACGGGUUUGUAUUUAUAUUUUCAUUUAUAGUUGUUUGUAUUCAUGAAUGUUGACAAUUGCAACCUAAAGCGGGGGACACACAUACCGUUUGUUAACAUAUUCCAUAAUUUUCAAAAUGUGAGGGACCCUAGAAAGUGGGGUCCACUCAGACCGGGUCAUUUUAAUACUGGACAAUGAUGAUUAGAGGAUGACGUCAACUACCGUAAUUCCCGGCCAACAGAGCACACCUGGUUACAAGCCUCACUGAGUACAUUUGUAAAGGAAAUACCGUUUGGUACAAACAUAAGCCGCAGCUGUGUAAAAGCCGCAAGGGCACAUAUUGAAACCCACAUUGCAACAGGAGAUAUUUACAAAGAUGGUACACAGAGUUUAACGCUAGCGCUAACAUUAGUACUAACACUAGCGCCGCACUAAAGCUAGCACUAACACUAACAAGGCCGGUUAAAAUAAAACUUACCGGUAAAUAUCACUGAGACACACCAACAACACAGCAGCAACACGCUAGCACACCGCUAACGCUAGUGCAGCGCUAAUAAAGUCACUUCCUCGGCACAUAUAUUCCACAGGUCUCAUUCUUAACUGUUCCGCUCAAGUGCCCCCUUGUGGCCGUGAGAAAAAAAUGUACAAAUUAACUGCAUCAUUGCAUAAACCGCAGGGUUGAAAGCGUGUGAAAAAAGUCACGGCUUGUAGGCUGGAAAUUUUGGUUUUGGCUUGAGGAUGCCGAGCUGCUAGCUGCAACAGAUGAGUCUGCUGAUGAAAAUUAGUCUGUCAUCUUAAUUGGAGGAGAAAAAAAUCCCUCUAUACUCACCCCACGCCACAAAAAAAAUCAAUUGUCCAGGAUAAUCUUUCAUCCAGUACAAGGGCCUUUGGUGCGUCGCAAGGGACGGGAAAUGCUCAAAAUUUGUCCUAUUACAGUAUGUGUGUACCUGCCUUUAGAAGACACCGCACAAUGGCUGAGUGUCUGCGUAGUUUCUCAGUCAUCCAGGUCAUGGUCGAGCCAAGGUUGGUUCCAAUUGCCGAUGGACGUUUGUGGCUCACCACAGUUUACAUCUAGGAAGCAGCAGGUAGAAACGGCACAAAUUUGCAAAUACAGUACACGUAAUAUGGAUUUGCUCACCAGCACGAGACACUUACAGUAUAGUGUUUGUUUUCAUGUCACACUGAACAGAAUGUAAAGACCCACCACACAAUCUGUCAAUAAACUUACAUAUGGUUCCAUUAAUUGAAAGUCACAAAUAAAUGUCAUGUAGUUAUACUGUAAACAUUUUGGACUAAGAUGUUAAAAUAUUUAGCGUGUAGUGCUUAUAGUAUAGUAUUUUUACAUAUUAUUGAUGAAUUAAAAUAAAAAGACACAUUUCACUGUCAGAUUUUGCACUGUAGGGUGUUGACAUCCAACAGGAGUGGCGCUUUUCUGGCAUGCGCAUAAUGUGCGGCAACACAUGGCAGCAGCAUCACACUCCAAAGCAAUUUUAAAAUAUUGCGACAAUAAAUGGUUUUGUAUUGUGUAAGGUAAUAGCAUGACAUGUCGAUCAUUAGCGUUUGUAUGGGGAAUUUCCGCCCCGUUGUGAAAUCCUCCUCUGGAGAAGAGACGCAAGUACAGUUUCAUUCCAGCGCAUGAGAGUGUGCACUCCUAGUGAAGUGGAGAGCAAGCAAGUACCGUAAUUCCCGGCCUAGAGAGCACACCUGAUUACAAAACUCACCGAGUACAUUUGUAAAGGAAAUACCAUUUGGUACAUACAUACACCGUAGCUGUGUAAAAGCCACAAGUGCCCACAUUGAAACACAAGAUAUUUACAAAGAAAGAUGGUACACAGAAAGAGUUUAACGCUAGUGCUAACGCUAGCGCCACGGUAACAGAGCUGGUUUGAAUAAAACUUACCGAUAAAUAUCAGUGAGACAAGCCAACAGCAACACGCUAGCACAGCGCUAACGCUGGCGCAGCGCUAAAAGUCACUUCCUCGGCACAUAUAUUUCACUGGUCUCAUUUUUACCUUUUCUGCUCGAGUGGUCCCUUGCGGCCGUGAGAAAAAAAAUGCACAAAUUAGCCGCAUCACCGCAUAAACUGCAGGGUUGAAAGUGUGUGAAAAAAGUCGCGGCUUGUAAGCCGGAAAUUACGGUACCUAGCGCUGACUGAAAAGGUUGUUUUACCAACUUUCUGAUUACAUGAUUCUGAUUAGUUUGUAUUUAUUGAUCUUUGGAACUGUCUCGGUAUGAGCUCAGCGAUGCUGUACAUGUAAAUACUUUGUACUGAAUAUUCUGACAGUGUGGUGUCCAUUUAUAUUAUAUUAUUAUAUAUAUUGUACUAGACAUACUCGUAGAGCAUAUGCAUUGUUCAUAGAUGAUGACGUGCGUGUGUCAACAUAUAUCCAGAGUUAAAAAAAUGAUGACCCAUGUACAGUAUUUGCAGUAUUGGUACUGGGCUUUGUAGCCAUGUGGAUCCUCAAUACUUGUGAGCUACCUUCUGGUUAGAAACCACAUGGCAACUAUUUAAAUCUGUGCAGGUAUACCUACAGUGUACAGGGAGUCCUCGGUUUACGACAUAGAGAGUGUUAUGAAUACGCUCCUUUGACAUCAUACAUGGUGUUUUAAUAUUUAUGGCCAAGAAAAGUUUUUCGUACAACGCUAGAGCUCGUGGACGUGACGUCACCAUUUUCACGGCGUCAUAUUGCCGGUCAAUCAGAGCUGCUCGACAUUGUGGGAGACAUUGAACCAGAGGAGAAUAUUUACAAUACCCGAGACCUAUUGUGCUGUUGGUUGUUACAACAGAUGAGACAGAUAUUCAAAGAGGUCAUUCUAUGGAAUACCAUCUGAAAAGAGCAGAAAAUAUCGAUCGAUUUCGGCAAUUAAACAUGAUGAAUGGUGCCCAACCAAAAUACACACACGCCUGUGUAGCGAUCAUUUCAUUUCAUAUUGGAGUUAUUCUUCUCAAUCUCAAAUUACCAAAAAGUGUUUAUCAUGGCAAAUUGGCUCAUUUGAGAACAAUGCAUGUUAAAAACAAAAACUGUCUAUCGCAGAGGCAAUCGGUUCCGUGCACGUUCCAUGGAGACAACUAUGUCCUCUUUUUUUUUUCAAUCAUAGUUAAUGAAUGCGAGUUUGUGUAAAAGCAGGGGUGGUUUAUUUAAAUAUUGGUAUUUGUAUAGAAUACUAGCUGAAAAGCUCAAUGGAUUCCGGCAAAGGUUAACGUGUCGCCGAACACACUUCCGCAUUCACAAGGCGUCAAAACCGUCACUAUGUGGGAUUUAUUCCUGAUGAGAACAGAUCCAGCAACAAAGUAUUCGUAUGCCUCCAGACUUUUAUACACUUUCAAAAUGUAAGUGUAAAUCUCGACGACUUACUCACCAGAUCCAUGUGCAUAUCCAGUUGUCCAAGAUAAGCGGAAGUGCAUUGACAGUCCAAUUUCUUAUCGACGAAAAAUCGACUUCGCCAUUAAAUAUGGGUCCUAUAUGCCAAGUUUAUCUCGUUUUUCCACGUACCGUUUUUUAUUUUCACCUUCUACAUGUCUUACGGUAUUUGACAAGACUCUGGGCAUUGUGCUACCAGACAUAUUUCCGUGUCGUCUCCAGCCGACCUAGCAUUGAGCAAUGCUUAGCUUGACCGGCAAUAUGCCGACGUAAACAAAAGUCACAUGAAUUGAUGAUGUAAGUGCACGAACUCUAUACACUGGAAUUAUUACAACUGCGUUAGUGUCGUUUAGUGCAGUGUUUCGCAACCUUCUCACGACAUACCACGACUUUAAAUCUCACAAGAGGGGUAUAAAGUGAAAUCAUGAGAAUCUUGUCUCAACUUCCUCACAAAUGUAUUUAACAUGAAAUGCAGGCCUGUUUACAAAUCUAUUAUUCUGUUGUAUUAAUGCCAACACAUAUUUGGAACUUGGAACUUUUGACAUCAAGUUUCCCCUCAUGAUAAAAUUUUUCUUCAGGUCACUCUCAUGAAUGAAUGAACCCAGAUGCACUAUUUGUAUUAAAUGAAUAAUAUUUUCAGGGGUGAUUAAGUAAAAUUGGAUCAUAAAAAAGCUCAUUGCAAUGGAAAUCUUUCAUAAAUCGAGGACCUAUUUUGUAGUACAAGUUACUGAGUUACAGCGUUCUACUUUUUUUCUCUGACAGGGUCUAACUUGGACGUCCGUUUUUUGCCACGUGGGUAAAGUAUAACAAAUACUGCGGUGUGGUCUCCUGUACCAAUAACACACUGUAACAAUAAAUGAACCAACUCACAUGCCAGCUCACCAAAAGCACAACGAUGAGUACUGUAUGUCAUAUCCUCCCUCGCCCUUGAAGGAUUAGUAACAAUUAUUAAAAAGCAUAUUUAUAAGCACAUUGUGAGGCACAGAGCAAGCACAAAGAAUCUUGUGGGUUCAUUACAAUUGUUUGUAGAGCUCUUAUGGUUUGGAUUUAGUCUUUGCAUAGACUUCUCUACCUCUCUUCUUUGCACUGUUUCAUUUUCAAGUCCUUUUGUACCCGCUUCACACGCCCGAAUUCACUUACUGCACAUUCCAACGCUACCGUGAUGCUCUUCCAUUCGUCUUUGUGAAGCUUCAAACCUCGUGAGCCGAAUUUCACAUUAAAUGAAUUUGUCCUCUUUUUGCUGCCUAUUGUGGAGGUUGAAGUCAGUUUAUUAGAAGAGGAACACAGCUCUGAAUGUUUAACGUUAAUGUUAUCAUUCCAAAUUGUUGACAUGAUGUGAUUGAUCAACUCUAACAUCAUUGCUACUCGUCUCUCUACAGUCAAUCAGGGGUGUCACUCAUUUUUAUCGAGGGCCACGUUGUCGGUAGUUUCCCCUCAGAGGGCCGUUAUGACUGUGAAAUGGUAAACGCAACACCGCUUGUACCAUGUCAAUGUUUCAUCGGCUCAUCAUACAGCACACAACCAACGGAUUGAUAACUAGUUCUGAAAUCAAAACUCAAGGAUAAUAAUUUGUUCAGCUGUUGUUCGAGGGGUUUAGUCACAAGCAAUUAUGCUUGGAAUAUCUCAUCAUUCUUUAUUACAUGUAGUAUGGUGAUGUGAAAUUUUGGUACAGAUUUUAGCAGGAGUCAUGAAAGAUGACACAUAUGAUUUGCACAUAAAAUGAUGCGGCGGGCCAGAUUCGCCCCCCGGGCCUUCAGGUUGACAACCCCCUCAUGCUCUAGAUGCUUUGCAUGGAUUGAAUCCAAUGUAAUGCCUAUAAGUAGUUUGAAAUGUAUUGCAGACACACACACACACACACACACACACACACACACACACACACACACACACACACACACGUGCUCAAUGUGCAUCUUGCUAUGUUUGUAUAGUAAUAAGAUCUGUGAUAUUACCUACAA